CUAACUCACACACUCAGACCAUCCCCAGGUUGUAGUCGGUCCGCAGCUACUUCAAUAGCUCCAGCUGACCCUUUACCUACACUCACUGAUCCCUCUAGUCCGUCUUCCAGCCACUCACCUAGUGUCCACACCAGCCCGUUAGGUUCACCUCAUCACCAGCCCAUGGACCAACCCUCCAGGUUGUCACCCACUCCCUCUUCGUCCACCCUAGUGUCCUCUUCGGCCACUGCUUUACCAUCCCACCCGUCACCCUCCUCCCCACUGAGUUCUUCACCUCUUGUCCAGAAUAUUCACCCGAUGAGGACUCGUGCAAAGGAUGGUAUCUUUAAACCCAAAACUAUAAUGUCUCUUACCACUGUGGAGUGCCUCCCGAUCCAACAUGUUUUUCUCAAGCUAAUAAGAGUUUAAAGUGGCGAGCGGCAAUGGCCGAUGAGUUUAAUGCCCCCAUUACUAAUAAAACGUGGGAUUUAGUACCAUGUGAUCGCACAAAAAAUGUGGUUCAGUGUAAAUGGAUUUUCAAAACAAGGUACAAGUCUGACGGGUCAGUUGAGCGACACAAAGCUCAUUUGGUUGCGUAGGGUUUUAAUCAGUAAGUUGGGGUUGAUUUUUCUGAUACAUUUAGUCUCAUGGUUAAACCCACUACUGUGCGUUUAUUAUUAUAUGUAGCGACUUCUUUUGGUUGGGGGGUUCGUCAGUUAGAUGUAAAGAAUGCCUUUUUACAUGGUAAUUUAACUGAGCAAGUAUAUAUGCGUCAGCCACCAGGGUGUGUUCACCCUUCAUUUCCUACUCACAUAUGUCGUCUACGCAAAGCUCUCUAUGGUCUCAAACAAACCCCUCGUGCCCGGUUUCAUCGUUUUAGUGGAUUUCUUCUGAGUCAGGGCUUUUCUCAAAGUAAGUCCGAUUCUUCUAUGUUUGUCUAUUGUCAUGCUUCACAGAUUCUCUAUAUUUUGUUAUACGUCGAUGAUAUUCUUAGAACGGGUAGUUCUCCCUCUCUUGUUACGUCUUUUAUCUCCAAACUAUCUCACAAUUUUGCCAUGAAAGAUGUAGGGGAGAUUUAUCAUUUUUAGGUGUUCAAACCAUACGCAUGCCCAAGGGUAUCUUCUUGUCUCAGGAAAAAUAUAUUUCCGACCUCUUACGACGUUUUCAUCUCCAUACCGUUAAACCAGUUCGCACUUCUCUUCCAUCUCGUACCACCUUGUCUUUGACUGAUGGGGAACUUCUGGCCGACGGUACUGAGUAUCGUAGUAUGGUUGGAGCCUUACAAUAUUUUACUCUUACUAGACCGGAUAUUACCUAUGUUGUUCAUCUAGAGUCUCAAUUUAUGCAUGCCCCACGCACUACUUAUUUAAUAGCCAUCAAGCGUAUUUAUAGAUAUUUGCAGGGCACUAUUACAGAAGGACUAUGGUUGCGUAAAGGUGGUAAUCCAUCACUUAUUAUUGCAUAUUCAGAUGUUGUCUGGACAGGUUGUCCCGAUAGCUGUCGCUUUACCACAAGUUAUGUUAUUUUCUUGGGCGGUAAUUUAGUUUCAUGGAGGUCUAAGAAGCAGCCUACUGUUUCAAAAUCCUCCACUGAAGCUGAAUAUCGAGCAGUCGCUUACACAGUUCAGGAUACUUUAUUUAUCCGGUCUUUACUCGCGGAUAUGGGAUUUUUUAUUCCUCAACCUGUUCAGCUUUAUUGUGAUAAUGUCUCUACAUCCUACUUAGUAGUGAAUCCUAUUCAACAUGAUCGUAGCAAGCACAUCAAGAUAGAUUAUCAUUUUGUUCGCAAGCGGGUAGCACAUGGAGAUCUUGUUGUUAAAUACAUCCCCACCCAGUUUCAGUUAGCUGAUAUUUUUACUAAAAUUUUGACUAGUCAGCGAUUUAAUUUUUUGAAAUCCAAUCUGCGAGUUGUACCAUCUGCACAUAUUGAGAGGGUGUAAUAGAAUAAUAGAAGGACUAAUUUGUAAUUAACAUUCAUAAUACUAUUAUAUAUACCAUACAUACGGCAACCCUAAAGGGUUUAAGCCAUUAUUCC